ACAACGUUAAAUCACAUUUUUUUUAAGUACCAACAAAACAUACAGUUUCAUAUUUCACGCCUUCCUUUUCCAUCAUUGAAUUAUUAAUUUCAAACUCAUGUUAUAGAUCAUAGAUCAAUCGUAGAUUAAUAAUUAAAUUGUAUAUUUUUAUAUAUACAAUUAUUAUAAUUUUUUUACAGGAAUGUAUAAUACAUAAGUACUUGAAUAUACGAAAUACGGAUUCAAGUAUGGAGGCAUCACAUCCCCACCAUCAGAUCCUUUCUUCGCGAUCGUUGGUUAGGCUAAAGUGACAUCCUACCUCGGCACUCGGCAGUUGAAUUUCGAAACUCGACUGUGGUGGAUCGAAACGUCUCUCGUUUAUCGUUAUUCGCGAUCUUUCGUCUUCCAUCUUUCUCGUAAAAAAGUUGCGUGCACGCGAUUUUGUCAGUUUUCUUUCUUAUUUGUUUCUUAUCGUAAUUUCUUUUUAUUGUUCGCGAUGCAUGUCUCGCUCAUGCAAAAACUUCCGAUGCCACAGGUGUCGAACUUCUUUUAUCCGUUCAACACUAGCCUCGAAGAAGAGAUCAAGAGAUUAUUUGUCAAUUUUUCGAUCGAGACAGAAAACACAUCUGUUCCGAAUGUCGAAGAUGUAAUGGAGGAGUUCCGUCAUAAUGGACGUGAUUUUGAAUAUUGUCCAGAUUUGGACAAUGUUACAAUGCCAGAAACGACACCACGCCGUAAGAAAAAUAAGAAACCUUUGCCUACAGAGUGCGUUUUCUGUAGAAAUAAUGGCGAAGAGGAAGCUUAUUACCGUAAACAUUUGCUGAAAGAUGCUGAUGGUCGCGUCUCCUGUCCAGUUUUAAGGGCUUAUACGUGUCCAAUUUGUGGUGCGUGUGGAGACAUAGCUCAUACGGUCAAAUAUUGUCCAAAAGGCACCAAAAACCCUGGCACAUUGGCAACAGUAAAUGCGUUCAAACUAUUGAGAAACUCUAUGGGCAAACGACGCGUCAAAUAAAACACCGUGGCACUCGAGCACGUGUCACCAUUCUUGUGCCAUAAAACAUCAAAAGUAUAUCUUCUUUUCAAGGAUUUCGAAGAAGUGGUGCCUCCAUCCUUAACAACUCUCGCGAGCGUUUCGGUAUCAUCUGCUGGCAGGUAAUUUUACCGUCGUCGCAUCUUUAAAAUAUAAACGAACCAAAGUGCCUUACAGGAAUGUACAUUAAAUUCCUAGUAACGAUUUCUCGAAACAAUGUUACCAUUCGUUGCUCGGUUGCCAUUGGAUCUUACGAAAUUCAUCUUAUCGAUUAAGCAAAAGAGAAAAAAGUUUAUUCUACAUUUCAUUUACUUUGUCUCUUUGUUUUCUGUUCUUAUAUCAUUUAUUUAUUUCGGUUUGGACAACAUCAUAUCUAGUGAAAAAAAAUAUAAAAUAAACCACCGAAGCUUGGAGGCAAACUAUGAAAAAGAUUAUUAUUCGAAUCGUAAUAUGAAUCGUCUAGAGUUUAGAUAAUCAAGAGGCUGUAUCCAAAGACAUUUUAGUCAUAAGAAAUUAUUUAUACGAAACGGUGCCAUAUACUCUCGCCAAACGUGUCACUUUUCUGUAAAGUUUCCUUUGCGAUUACGAAAAAGAUUUAUUUAUAAAUGAAUAUUUUUAUCAUCUUUUCAAGUCAUCACUUAAUAUUAUGAUAAUUUCAACUUUUUUUUUUUUUAAUUUCAUAUAAAUACAUUUACAUGCAUUGACAUAACAUUGAUAAAUAUUCAUAUUUUUCUUAAGAUUGUCGACAAAUGUUUGUCAGUGUGAAAACUACUUUAAAAAAGAUUGAAACUUUACAAACAAAUACUGUGAUAACGUUAAUAAGAUUCUUCAAGACUUUUUAUACGACAGUCAUGAAUAUUAAAAAAUCCAUGUUGUUUGUGAUUACAAAUACAAUUGAUUUUUUAUAAAUCAUUUAACAAAACAAAUCACGUUUUUCAAUCUUAAUAGUUUCGAGCAAAAAAUUUUUUUAUCGAGACACGUUAAUGGACAGAGUACUACAUUUAAUUAAGUUUAAAAAAAAUAUUAGACGAUAUUUGAAACUAAAAACAUUUACGCAGUUUUAUUUAUCUAUACAAAAUAUGUAACAUAGAGAUUGCGUUUGUACAUUACUAAUGUUUAUUAGAAAUUAUAGAAAAAAAGAUUUUUCUUUUUAAGAUACUUAGACUUUUUCUUAAAAAGUCGACGAUGGACCAAUGAGAUAUAGUUCCUUUUAAAAUUUAUACUUAAUCAUUUGACAGCAUUAAGUAUGAUGUAUAGAAUAUUCUAACUGAUGGUACACAUAUUAUAGGGAAGGAAAGGGCAAAGAAAAGUUUUUUUACUUAUAAAAAUAAGUUGAAAAAUAUCUAUAUAUUAAAAUAGAUUAGUUAAUAUUAAAAUAAAACGAAUUUAUUCGUUUGAGGCUUUAUUUUCAAAAAUAUCAAUUGAAAAUUUAUCAAAUAUUAAUAUGUGAAUUUGGCUAAUUCUUAAUUGAAUAUUUCUUGAAUAUACUUUAUUAACCAAAGUGUUUAAAUUAUUAUAAUUAGUAUGUAUUCUUAAAUGGGAAUUUAAACAAAAAAAUUUUAUUCUGCACUUUUUAUUUAUUUUCAUGUAUAAUAUAAAUUCUUAUCCAUUAUAUAAUUGAUAAUUGAUUAUUAUAUAAUUGAAAAUUAUCAAAAUUCACACACAUAUUUGACAAAUUUUCAAUUUUAAUUUAUUCAAAAAAUCUUAAAUAAAAAAAUUUUAUUUUGUAUUCUCAAUUUAUUUUUUCAUAUAAAAUUAACUUUUUUCUAAUUGUAUGUAUAUCACCAUUUACGUGACAUCUUUCAUAAAGAAGUUUACGAAGCUCGUUUGUUUGAUUUUUAAUUUAUCGGACUCUAUGAUGCUUAUUAUUUUCGAGUAAUAAUUAAAGAAUAGAAUCACAUACGAUUUUUCGAUACGAUUCUGGAUGCAUAAUUAUUUUGAAACCAAAGAAAGAAACCUUUCUCGUUCCUGUGAAUCUGACCAUAAGCUUCAACGAAGGUCAAAUCGAAACGAAGGAUAAUACUAGUUGUGUAGUGUUUACAUUCUUUGUUUUUUGAUACUUCGAUAGCUGAUGGCCGGAUUCUUCGCUCUUUCCAGGCGGAGAAAGCUUUUUUUUUUUUUUUGUUUCUUGGUUUAUCGAUUUUUUUUCAAAAUACACAACACAUGAGUCGAAUUAAACAACGAAUACAAAAUAUUAUUUAUAUAUUUAAUAUAGAUAGACGAGCGCGUAAAUAUUAAUUUCAUUAUAUUAAUUUUGAUUUUGAAAUUUCGAUUUAAGUUAGGCAAUCAUUUAAUAUAUUUUUUUAUAUAUUAGUCCGAGUAUGGUUGAACAUUGAUUAUUCGAACUAAUUAAAAAAGAUUUGUUUUAAUAAUUUAAAGAAAACAAAUUUCGGAAAGUAUUAUCAAGUGAAAAUAACGUAAAAUUAAUUACUUUUAAAUGCCGUUUAAUUUAUAAUUCUAAAAUAAAUAUAUAAGUAUAAAUAUUUUUAAAAUAAAUAUUUAUAUGAAAUUUAUUAUUUUUUUUCUUUGUAUUCGUUCAUAUCAAUUUUUCAUAUCAAUUUCAUAUCGAUUUUCAUUAUAUUUUAAACAAUGUUCGGAUAAUCAAAGUUUCUUUGUAAUUCCUUUUUUGUGUUUCUAUAUUUUUGUAACUAGUGACAAUUUUUGUAACUAGAUUUAAGCUAGUUUAGAAUUCUAGUUAAAUUUAAUGAAGUUUGGGCAAUUUUUCAGAGAUUUUGAAUUGAAGUUUAAUAUUACUUAAAUAUUAUUAUUUAAUAUUAGUAUUUAAACCGACAGAAUAAUUUGUUUCUUAAAAUUGGUUGAUUUUGCAACUUGUAAUCUAACAAUUACUUUGUUGUAUGCAAAAGCAUAUAAUAUAUCAUAGAUUACGUUUAAAGAGAUAAGAAGUAACUUCCUGGGAGGUCUUGAAAUCGAGUUACUAUUAUUUUGUGCAAUUUAAUAUCAUUUCGAAUGACUUGCUAAGGUUUUGUCUAUGCAUGUUAAAAAGAAUGGAACGAUCAUUCUAUCCUUUUUAGUGUUGUAUUGCUCAAGUAAUAUACGUAUUUCUUUAACCAAAUUCUUAUAAAAUGCAUAACUUUAAUUUGUAAUUUCAAAAAAUUUAUACCGAACUGAGUAAGACAAUUCAUAAAUAUGUGUACAUUGAUUAUAAUUAUAUAUUAUUAUAUUCUUUUACGGCUAUGUUCCUAUUAUACAAUAAUUGAUUGAUAGUUACGUGUUAGGAUAUAAUUAUAGAAUAAGAAUGACAAUAUAUUCUCCAAGACACGUCAAUACAAUUUGACUGUCAAAUUAAUUGCACUCGAAUAUUUGUAUAUGAUAUAUUAUUGACUGUGCGUAAGGAGAAAAAGACUCAUAGCGUUUAACAAGUUCCGAUUGCGAAAUCAAACGAUAGUUCGCAUAUCAUCGUUGUCUUUCUUUUUGAUUUUAGAACAAAUAUCUAAAGAUUUGCAACGAUACUUACGUUAUUUUUUUUUAUUUCUUUUUAUUUUAUUUUUUUUUUUAUGUUGAGUUUAUCAGCGUGAAAUAGUUUAUUAGUGCAACGAAGUAAUGAAAAUUAAUAUUUCUAUAUAGUAUAUAUAUAUAUACACACAUAUAUAUAUAUAUAGUAUUUCUUAUAUUUUCUUAUACAAAAUAUGAAUUGUUUAUAAAGAUGUUGUAUUUCUAAUAUUUAUAUAUUAUAAUUGAUAGUUGUAAUUAAGUAUUAUCGUUCAAAAGUGAUACAUUACAAAAAAUCCAAAGAGAAUAUUAAUAUUAAGAUCAUUAAAACGCCAGCACAGACGAAAUUUCUCUUCAUGUGACUAAUAAUUUUUUUUUUUUUUACAUAUAUAUAUCUAUAUAUAUAUGUAAAAGAAAAAAUUAUGAUAGAAAUAAUUAAGAAAGAAACCAUCUUGCGAUUGCUGUUGCCAGCGUCACUCGUAUAAAAGAUGAUUCACAAUAAAACGCGAGAUGACGUUACCGUAAUCUGAUGCCAGUGUGACUUAUGAUUAUGAGUGGCAGGUGAUAACGUAAUAAUAGCAGCUAGAGUAGAGUCACAGCCGUACAAGAGGUAGCUAAUUUCGACGUUUAUUACGCUGGUAGUAUUCUUUAUUUGUUCACGAUUUCGUUCAUCAUUUAACAUAUAUUCCCCCCGAUGAUCCAACCAGAAUUGUACAAAUGUUAAUUUCCACGCGAUUAUUCUUUCAUCGCAUGUUUUGUCCUUUAUUGAACACAUUAUAAUGGCGAGCCGAUCGAAUGAUACAAAUCUUCACAAAUCUUCGAAUAAAAAGAAAAAGAAAAGAUAUCAAUUUCUCUAAUUUGUUAAUGAUAAAAUCUAGCAUAUGAAUGAUUUGUUUAUUUUUUGAAUUUAUGCGAAUCAAAAGUGAAUAUUUAUACUUUACUUUGAUUUUUAUGAUUUUACUAUGAUUCGUUCGCCAUUUUUGCAUUGUAAUUUUAGAGUACAUUCUCGUGUACCACCGUCAUAUUUGUAUCUAAUUAUUUUUCUUAUUAUUAAUGUUAUUUGUAUUAUUAUUAUUAUAUUAUUAUUAUAUUAUAUUAUUAUUAAUAUUAUGUUAUCGGCGUGUCAUUAUUUAAGUGUAUGUAGUCUGAUAAUUUGUAUCAUGAUUUAUAAAAGAAAUAAUGUUCAUAAAAGAAUACUGCAAUUCAAACAAAGUACACUUCUUUUAUUUUAAAGUGAUUGAAGAGUAUAAAAAAAAAACUGAAGAAUCUUUUUUAAAAAAAUUAAAUCUGCUAGUAAAGAACCAAGGUUUAUUUAAUUUAACUGUAUUGUUCUUAGUAUAAAUUUAUUGUUUUUAUAUGUAAGUAUUAAAACAAAAAUAAAUUUUAUAAUGUUAUUUUUCUA